AUGGGUGGGAAGCUCAUGAUUCAUCUAGCCUUCUUUGCUGGAACAGGAGUAAAGGUAGCAAAUGAGCUGGGAGCUGGAAAUGGUCAGGAAGCAAAAUUUGAAGCAAAAGUUUCUGCUGCGGAAUCAGUUUGGUCACAAUUCUACUCAACGGUGUUCAACCCGUCUUAUCAGGAGUGGCUGUGGGCUCAGGAUGGCAAGCAUGGGUGA